GCAGGGCUGAAGUCGUGCAGAUUCAUCAGUUCCUGUUCGGAGGGAUUGUGUGUGAGCGCACACACACGUUCGUACACCAGGACCGAGUGCAAGUGAAACACACAGACAACCAGGCAGAGAGAAGUGCCUUCUUUCGGUGACCCCUGUGGCUGUUUGGCUCCACUGAAGCUGCCUCUGCCUCUGUGCCUGUUCAUGUCUGCCAGAGUUCCAAGCCACACCUGAAGCCCUAGGACUGCCAGCCCCGUCCACUGAGCCAUUCUCCAAACCACUCCAUCUUCCCUCCAUCUCCGUCUGCCAGUCAGACCUCUCUCCAUCCAUGCCACUCAGCCCUCCUCUGUGGAAGUCAACCACUCCCCACUAAUCUGCAAACAGAGCCUGAUACUGAAGACACACAGCUUUUAUCGGCUCCUGUGAGCGGAAGAAGAUUGUCUCUUUGCCCGUCCUGUCUAACCACAGCCUUCUUCCUCCUCAUCCUCCUCCUUCUGUUCAUAUUUCUCCUCCUUCCUCCUCUCCUACAGCCCUGCAUCUUUUCAUCAUGGGCCAGCUCGAUCGAUAACGUGUUUUGCCAUUCUUUUCAUCUGACAGUUCAGCCGAGGAGAGAGGCGAUUGGCAGAACUGGUGUGUGUGUGUGUGUGUGUGUGUGUGUGUGUGUUUGAGAGAGAGAGAAGGAGAGAGAGAGCGAUUACAAAGCAAACCCUUGUGGCCGUCACCAGCCCAGGACCGGGGUGACAGGCGGUGGAGGAUUCCUAUUACAGCCACAAACAGACUCUUAGGAUGGGCUGCUGUUAGGCGAGUCCCAGGCCUCACAGGCUUCACCUUAGAAUCAGACCCGGGGGACAAAACCUCUUAAAAAUAUCUUUUUCCCAUGUCCUUUAUCUAUUCUUUAUCAUUAUUUGCCCCAGUGUCAUUAGAAGCACGUAAUUGCAUUUGCUGGACAUCUAUUGCUCUUAAUCGACCCCUCCUGCCUGGUUCGAAAUGGCGUUGAAUAUGACACAGAUCCGGGACACAAAGUGGCUGACGUUGGAGGUUUGUCGGGAAUUCCAGAGAGGAACGUGUUCACGACCGGACAGCGAGUGCAAGUUCGCCCACCCUGCCAAGAGCUGUCAAGUGGAAAACGGCAGAGUCAUUGCCUGCUUUGACUCGCUCAAGGGCCGCUGUUCCAGGGAGAACUGUAAGUACCUGCACCCCCCUCCCCACCUAAAGACCCAGCUGGAGAUCAAUGGAAGGAACAACCUCAUCCAGCAGAAAAACAUGGCCAUGCUGGCCCAACAGAUGCAUCUCGCCAACGCUGUGAUGCCCGGCACACAGCUACAGCCAGUGCCCAUGUUUUCAGUCACACCCAGCCUUGCAACCAAUGUCAAUGCUGCUGCGGCAGCGGCUGCUGCGUUUAACCCCUACCUUGGCCCUGUGUCGCCCGGCCUGAUGCCUGCUGACAUGUUGCCCAGUGGCCCCGUACUGGUCACCAGCAACCCCAAUGUCCCUGUACCAGCUGCUGCUGCUGCUGCUGCUGCACAGAAACUCAUGAGGACAGACAGACUGGAGGUGUGUCGGGAAUACCAGCGAGGUAACUGCACACGUGGGGAGAACGACUGUCGCUUUGCCCACCCUUCAGACAGCACUAUGAUUGACACCAACGACAACACAGUCACUGUGUGUAUGGACUACAUUAAGGGCCGCUGCUCGAGGGAGAAGUGCAAGUACUUUCACCCUCCGGCUCACCUGCAGGCCAAGAUCAAAGCCACCCAACACCAAGUCAACCAGGCUGCAGCUGCUGCAGCCAUGACUCAGUCGGCUGUCAAAUCACUGAAGCGACCCCUCGACGCAACUUUUGACCUGGGGCUCCCUCCCGUCUUGCCUCCUUUACCAAAGAGACCUGCACUUGAAAAAGCCAACGGUGCCACCACUAUGUUCAAUGCUGGUGUAUUCCAGUACCAACAGGCCCUGGCCAACAUGCAGUUUCAGCAGCAGGCUGCCUUCAUACCAUCAGGCUCGAUAUUGUGCAUGACACCUGCAACAAGUGUUGUACCCAUGAUGCACGGUGCUAAUGUGUCUGCAGCCACCACAUCUGCCACAAGUGUUCCCUUUGCAACCGCAACAGCCAAUCAGAUUCCAAUGAUAUCUGCAGACCAUCUGACUAGUCACAAGUAUGUGACCCAGAUGUAGGAGUCUCAAUCAGAACAAUGGAACUGGAGCGGGCUGGUGUCGAGUCUAAGAUUAGCGGUCACCCUUCAUGCCUGUAACAUCACGAGCAAAUGGAGAACCAAAUCUAAAUCGGUUUGGGAUAAAUCUGCAUGUUAACGUAGGAGGCACAGUUUGUCAGGAUUGUUUUCAUGUGUACUUCAUGCACACUAUAACACAAAAACAGAACAGAACAUCAUUUGCAUUAAAAGACUGCCUUUCGCUCUGUGGAGGCCAUUUACCUUUAUACACCGGACACACUUUGAAUGUUAACAUGAGGUAAAACGAGCGGAGCAGUCGUCAAAAAAAAACCGAAUCGACUGGAUUGGUACGUCCAUUGACCAAGAAUCAUGAAUUGUGCUGUUUGUCUGUUCAUUGGUUGGUGGUCUUUGACCCUAAUGUGUCCAUUUAUUUACACAAAGGUGCACCUUGUAUUUCAUUGGAGGUAAACAAAUGACCUGACUGAAUCACAUAUGCAUGCACAAAGAUUUUGUUUAUGCUUUUAUUUUGUUGAACCAGUGAUAAGGGAAAUCUCGUGAGUGCACUCAGAGGCAAAAUAGCAACUGAAUGUCUGUGAGGUGUCUUUCAAACCUUUGUAGCCUACCUUUCUAUCUCUUAAGCACAUGUCUUUAACCGUGCAGGCAUCUCUGUAAAGUGCCAUACAUCUCAAUCAUCAUCUGGAUUUUAUUAAAGCAGUUCUACAAAGUGUUCAAACUCAACAAUUCCCUUUAAUAUGUCUACUUUCUCUCUUGGACAGCAUGUAGUGUCCACUGUCGUGACCUGUCAUUACCUGUGAUCCCUAAUAGCACCACUGCUGAUUAGAUUACCUUCCCAAGAUUGUCUCCUUCAAUCAAAUCUGCUGAAUGAAUCACUUUCUUUUUUGGGGAAUUUUCUUCUCAGUUGUUUGGACAGGAAAUGACUGGAUUUAUGCUGACACAGAUCUCUCCAUGGCCAUUAAGUCUUUUGCCUCUAAAAGUCAGAUGAGUUGUAUGUGGGGUGUUGGCCUGUAUGAGUGACCAAAGACUCUCCUCACGAUGAAGACAUUUUAAUGAAUAGCUUUGAAACAACUGGGCGAUCAGUAAGGUAUCCAAACUGCUGUGAGACAGAAUCGACGGUGCAAACUGGCGACAGAUUUGUAUGAUUGAUUUGUUCUUCAUUUGUAUGGUUAUGCAUAUUUUAAAGCAGAUUGUCAAAGUAGAUUCAGUGUAGUGUAUAUAUUGGCUGACAUAUUUAAGAAUAUUUGUUAAGUGCGUCUACCUGAGAGCUGUUUUCAGAUAGUCAGCCAAAGUCUAUUUGUGUCACUGUUGAUGUGAGAAAUUGUGGGUAGGGUAGUGGGACUACUUUUCUAAAAUGUGCGGGCUGCAAAGGCGAGCCCAAAGUAGGAUCGGGUGUAUAGAGUAGAUCUCUAGAACUCUUUGUCUUUUUUGUGUUCUGGGGUGUUCUUCAGGCAUAUUUAAUUGGUGGAUAGUACGGGGAACGUGGCGAGAAAUAAACGAUUGUAUUACUCAUCCAAAGCCUUAGAAUGAACCAUCGGGUCAGCACAAAGCAACAUGCCAUUUUGAACCAUCCAGUUGCCUAAUCCACGCCAUAUUAACACACACAGAGCACUAUGUAAUUGUCACUUUUUUUGUCAGUGUUUUCUUAACUUUCUUGUGGUUUUUUUUGUUUUCUUUUUUUUUUUUUAGAUGAGGAGUCUUUUACUUUAUUUUGUUUGGAUAUUUUGAUAUUGAGUUUGGAUUUUGAGUUUUCUUCAUUAUAUUUAUCGUUCUUAUAAUGAAUAUAAGGUUUGAAAAAAAAAAGUGUGUUUGUGUGUUCCUCAUGCACAGUUUCCUGAAAUUCCAUGUAAUGUUAAUUUUAGUAUGAUUAUGAUUGUAAACUCAAUAUUUUCUACGUUAUGCAUAUCGUUGAACUGUAUGCAUAUUGUUCAUUUCUCUAGUCCUUUUGUGUUCUUUGAACAAAGAUGUUUUAUAUGAGUAUCUAACAGUGAUGAAAUAAUAGAACAGAGAGGCUAAGUUGUCACUGUGGCAACCAUCGCCAAUAACCAAGUAAUAUUUUAACGAUUGUAAGGUUUGUAUCUAGUCAUAUGAGAAGAAAAAAAAAGACUAUUAUAAAUUCUUAGAUGUUUAGACUAAAGAUGUUAUUUUCUACUGUAUCCAUUUCAAAUAGUAACUAUUGUUUUAAUAUUUUUACUCUCCCUGGAAAUUGGGCCAUGUUGGAAAACAAGCUGCAUAUUUGAUCACUUUUUGGGGGCGUCGCUGGCGUGGGUCAGGUGAACGUGGUGAGUGGGGAACUGAGUCUGCACACUCAUCUCUUACUUAGCCAACUGCAAACAACAUGGGUGGGGUGGGGAAUCUUGAGGCGAUAAAGGUGAUAAAGGUUGACUUUUUUGCACUUCUGUACAUAGUCCAAAAAGAGAGAAUCAUGUAUAUUGAGAUCUUAUUUUGAAUAAAAAAAAAAUAAAUUGCGUCUAUAACGACAAGGAAUUUUGCUAGGAUAAAAAAAAAAAAAAAAUCUUAGGAAAGGCUGAACAAAAUUGCUUGCAUCAAAAGGGCACUGAGUUCUCACUCUCCGACCCGUUUCAGAAAAGGCCAAGUGUUGCUCUUCUUUUUCGUCAGCAGCUUGUAGUUUGCCAGGUAACCUUCUGGAGGAGGCGUCCACUACCCUCCAACGUAAGAGCCUGACUGGGUUUGUCUGGUCCCCUAACCUGCCUGGAUUGACAGGUCUGUGUGUCAUGGCCACGCCCUCCCAGGCCCAACCAAUCACAACACGUCCUGUCUCCUUACUUCACUCAGAGAAGAAUGCAUGUUAAAGGAAAUACAUAUACCGUUUAAAAAAAAACCACCACGACAGUAAUAUUGACUAAGAAAACAUGUUACACAGAAAGAUGUAUUUACAGUAUACAGUAUUCUAUCAAUGUAAUGGAAUAAAACAUAUAUGAAAAUAAAAAAUAGAAUAGUGUUUAUUUAAAAAAACAAAACCAAAAAAAAAAAGAUUCCUGAGAAUAUACUCACUAAAGUUUUACCACUUGGAGAGUACAUGCAACACAAACACCAUAGCUAUAAGUAUGUUCUUUAUGUUUAUGUAAGCUGUGCUUCUAGUAGAUGAAACUGACCAAACAGGAAUGUAGUUCAACAUCAGGCAGAAUUUAGGGAAUCGUUUCAGAUUGAAAUACUGUUUUGUGGUUUGGUCAUUAAAUCGGUAGUUUGAAAUUGUGUCCUGAUCAUCUUCGUCAUCUCUCAUCUCCUACAAGCACGCAUGCUUACGUUUAUGAUAUAAUAAAAGCGUUUCUUGUUUGUUUUCUCUGCCCGUAGUGCUGAUAUGAUGUAUUCUGUCUUCUGCUGCAGUUUGUUUCUGCUUGUUUUACUGCUCCAGGCCCCCUGAAAGGAUGUGUCAUGUUUGCAUACUGGCCACCUCUGGAAUGCACCUGUAGAGAAAACCUCUGAUUGUCUAAAGCCAUACAAUAUAAUCUCAUCAGAAUGAAAUGUGUGCAAAGAAACCAGAAAUGAAAUAGAGGUGGGGAAACUGUACCUUAUAGGAAUGUGUUUGCUGUGGUUGUAUUAACUGCAACAUCAUGUCAUAAUUGAAGUCAUGAAUGUAGCUAAUAAAACAUGUGCUGUGAUGUGCCAACGUUGAUGGAUUAGUGUGGUUAAGAGAAUAUCGUUCUUGGCACAUUUCUCUUCAUGGGGCCUGCAUUGCUAUAUUUGAUUAUUGCUGUUAUGAAUAAAAAAUGUAAUAAAAAUUUACAAAUGAACUGAA